AUGAAAGGUCCGGUCAAAGUUCGGUACGCAACAGAAGAUGGUUCUGCCAAAGCAGGCAUAUCCUACGAAGAGACGUUUGGCGAGACAAUUUUUGAAGAUCAAGAGUAUCGGAAGUCCUUCGACAUCAAGACUAUUUCCAGCGCGUACUGGACAGCGACUAUGGAGUUCAAGGUGCGCCUGCUCGACCCGGAAGGCUGCAAUCUGGGCAACCACUUGCAUACUUGCCGCGUCAAGAUCAUCGACACGAAUACUUUUCCCUCGAGCAAGUAUGAGGAGCAACUGCGGCUGGGCGAUGAGGGGCUUGACCACGUCAGCUCAUCGGGCCUAUUCUGGGAGUACUGGAAGCUCUGCUUCUUCCAGGUCCCCGGCAUCUCCAUCCGGACACUCCUUACACUGGUCUUCGAUCAGCUGAAGAAUGUGUACCGCUAUUUUGUGCUUUGCCUCAACAUUUACCUGGUGGACGUUUUGUUCAACAUUUCGGACAAAGAAACAUCCCAUCGACUUUUGCUUUCCUCUCGGCUGGACACCGCCUACCUGGUCGGCACCCUCUACGUGGCUCCGUUGUUGGUGCUGCAUGCCUGGGAUCUCAUCAAGGCCAAGAUGGACUUGCGCGGACACUUGAGGUUGUACCUGCAGUCCAGUCUGUUUCGCCGAUAUUUGAACUACAGUGAAGAGUCCCGGAUGUCAGUGCCUCCAGCAGACAUGCAGCAUGCUCUGAGCAUGGGCUCCAAGAGCGCUGCCGAAGGUUACACCAAAUUGAUGGAUCUUUUCCAAAAGUUUGGGCAGCUGGCAGUUUUCACCUACUUCACCCUUCGGGAGAAUCCAGGAGCCCUCUACCUGAUAUUGGCAAUGCCAUCCAUCAUGGCGGCAUUCUUGGCGUGCAAAACCUGCAUGCCUCUUAACAGUGAUGAUCGAAAGGACGUCGAGGCAUCUGUACUUUCCCUGGCUGCUGAAGUUUGUCACCGGUAUCGAUUGAUUGCUGAUUACUUUCAGCGGCCACAGAUGAACGAGAUCUUUGCCCGUCAGACGAAUGACCUGCGCCGCGAAUACAUUCCAGAGAAUGUGGAAGCAGUCAACAACGAGUACUUCCCAAAAUGGUUGGGGCCUCUCUUCAUAGGCGUGUACAUAGCUAUGGAUGCACAGAACGUCUUCGACGGCGUAACCUCGCUAGGGACGUUCUUGGCAACGAUAGGGGUCAUGAAGGACAUCAGUUCAGAAUUCGCGGACGCAUACAACAUGAUCCUCGAGCUGGCAGACACCUUUGUGUCUGUUCAGUACCUUACAAGCUAUUUCAACAAGCAGACAGAUCUGCUGCUUUGGAAGGAGGUGAACCGAAAGCGCAGGGACUUGACGAGACAGGCAAGGGACAAGGCCUUCGCUGGAUCUCACUCCACUCCAGGCAAUGAGCAGGAAAAGACAGAGGUGUUGUACAAGACAGACCUCAUUCCGAUCCAGCUCGCCGGCAUGUGCUUCGGAUAUCUUCGGCAUGAGCCCGUCUUUUCGGACGUCAACGUUUCAGUGGACCAGGGCCUACUGGUAGCUGUGAUGGGACCGCAUGGAUCUGGGAAGACGACAUUGCUGAAGUUGCUUGGGCACAUGGUCUUUCCGCAGGAAGGACACAUAUUCAUCCCAUCGCACCUGAGGAUCCUCCAUGUGACGCAGGAGGCCUACAUUCUGAACCUCUCAGCAUGGCAGAACCUGAUCUUCGGCUGUCCAAACCCUCAUACCGUUGACCCGCGCCGGGUCCGCAAAAUCUGCGAGCGCUUGAAAAUGAAGGUGACCUUACAGCUGAUCCAGGCAGACUUGGAGAAACAGGAGAAGCUGCGAGGAGACCCAGCAGGUUCGGAUGAAGAAGAAUCUGAGGAGGAAGAGGCGGAGAAGGAUUUCAAGAAGGGUGCAGGUGGUGCUUGGCAAGACAGCCUCACCUACUCGGAGAAGGUCAAGCUUCACCUUGCGCGAGCCCUGAUCAUGAAUCCCGAGGUCCUGGUGCUGCAGCGACCGCUGCACCACUACGACAAGAAGACGGGGGAACUGGUCCUAGACCUACUCCGGGAGCACGUGCACUCGAGGGGCCUGGAACUACCCGAAAAGAACAAGAAACAUCGCCGACCCCGCACUUGCUUCUUCACAGUGGAGGCGGAAACGGAAGCCCACAAGGCUGACGUUGUGUGGUACAUUGACAACUCCACGGUCAGGAACGACAAGGAUCCGGGCACUGUGACUUCAGAAUUCUUCAAAGCCAAGACGCUGGGAUCCUUCCACUUGGGUGGGGACUGA